AUGGCGCGCGGCGGCGGGGGGCGGGCGAGGGAGGAGGAGGAGGAGCUGAAGGGCGCGAGGCGGGGGUACCGGGAGGCGUCGUCGGAGGGGAACCGGGAGGAGGAGGCGCGGUGGGCCAACGUCAUCGGCGACAUCCACAAGCGCCGCGGGGAGUACGUCGAGGCGCUGCGCUGGCUGCGGAUCGACUACGAGGUCACCGUCAAGUACCUCCCGCAGCGCCACCUCAUCGAGUCCUGCCAGUCGCUCGGGGAGGUCUACCUCCGCCUCGGCCGAUUCUCAGAGGCCCUCACCUACCAGAAGAAGCACCUAGAACUUGCCAAGGACUCGAAUAACCUUGUUGAGCAGCAGCGAGCUAGUACCCAGCUCGGGAGAACCUACCAUGAAAUCUUUCUAGGAUCUGAAAAUGACCAUAGUGCCAUGCGCAAUGCCAAGAAGUAUUUCGAAUCUUCCAUGGAACUGGUAAAGAUUCUAAGAAAGAAUGCCUCGUCUGAAAAAUCCUCCUAUCUGAAGGAGCUCAUCGAUGCACACAAUAAUUUGGGCAUGCUUGAACUGGAGCUUGAGAACUUUGACGAAGCUGAGAAACUGCUUCUCGAAGGUUUGAAAAUAUGUGAUGAAGAAGAGGUAAACCAAUAUGAUGAUGCUCGUACUAGGCUUCAUCAUAAUCUAGGAAAUGUUUAUACUGAGUUACGCAAAUGGAAGACAGCCGAGGAUCAUAUUGAGAAGGACAUAAAGAUAUGUAAACAAAUACGCCAUCUUCAAGGUGAAGCAAAAGGAUUUAUAAAUCUCGGGGAGUUGCAUUCUCAGAUUCAGAAGUAUGAACAAGCAGAACUUUGUUACAAUAAAGCUCUUGGUAUAAUAAAGGAUUUGGAAGAUGAAGAUGCACUAGUUGACCAGAUUCAUCAGAAUAUUGAAACUGUUAAGAAAGCAGCUGAAGUUCUCGAGGAGUUGAAGAAAGAUGAGCAGAAACUGAAAAAGCUUGUCAGAGAUACUUCGAGGGCUCCUGAAACAUCAAAUGAGAGGAAACUCCUCCUUGAGCAGCAUGCAUUGCUGGAUGAUCUUAUUGAGAAGGCAAGAAUGAUAUCUUCAUGGCACAAACACAAGGAAUUUUCCAAAGCGAAAAAGAGAGUAACAAUUGAACUUUGUGACAAGGAAAAACAGAGUGAUGCUCUUCUGUCCAUAGGAGAAUCAUACCAAAAGCUGAGAAACUUCAAUAAAGCUCUUAAAUGGUACACAAAAAGCUGGGACAUCUAUCAAUCGAUUGGAAAUUUAGAGGGGCAAGCAUUAGCAAAAGUGAACAUUGGGAAUGCUCUUGAUUCUCGUGGUGACUGGGAGGAUGCAUUGAAAGCUUUUGAAGAAGGCUACAGAAUUGCUGUGGAAGGUGACCUGCCAAACGUGCAACUUUCUGCCCUUGAAAACAUGCAGUACAGUAACACGGUCAGAUUUGAUAAUAAAAUAAAAGCCAAGAAGCUGCAGCAAAAAAUAGAUGACCUAAAGCAAAUAUUGAAUCAACACGAAGCAAGGAGUACUGUUAGUGACUAUUGCCCAGAAACUGAAUCUGAAGGUGGUGAUGUAUCUGAUAAUAUACUUGAUCCAGUGGAUAGUGAUGGGCAUGGUGCAAAUACAUAUUCAGAGGAGCCCGAUGAUAAUGUUAUUCUCUCCUCACUAGUUCAUAGAAAUAGAAGCUCAUCCAAUAUCAAGGCAUCCAAGACACAUAGCACCCCCAAGAAUGUUGAUAGAUUAUGUCAGAUGGAUGAGGGAACUAGAGAAGUUAUAAGUAAAGCAUGUGGUAAUCAGUCUGGUAGAAAACGUGUCCGUAUGGUUAUAUCAGACGAUGAAGCUGACGAGAAUCCUGAAAUUGAUCAAUCAAAAAGGAUACUAACUAGUCGAACAGAUCACCUGUCUACAUCAGAGCAUAUAGCCCAUGGAGCAAACAACAGAAUUCAGGAUAAUUUACAACCUACUGAACCCAUGGAUGCGCACAGUAACUACACACCCUGCCCUGUUGAGGAAAGUAUAUGUUCAUUCAAAUCAAGUAGUCCCAUUGGUCAUGGUAAUGAUGGCCGGGAAAUAGGAGCUUCUAGUGGAGGAAAGGCAUCUGCAUCCAAACCAGCAGCAAGUGGUUCCAAAGUUUGUAGCCCUGCAUCAUACAGUCAGCCACCAGGUCAAAAUGCUGUCGGCCUUCAAUCCACAGAUGCUAAUCAUCAGUUUUUGGCGUUCAGAAUUGGUGAGCACCUGGUGUACUUGGAUGCAAAUGCUUGCAUAUGUGAGGCUGCUUUUAGCAUUGAUUCUCUUAAAGUUGAAGUGGCAUGUGUAUACAACCUUCAGAUUCUUGAUGAGAAGAGCUCCAAAGGCUUGUUUCCUAUUAUUGGGGAACUCAAGUGUUGUGGGAAUGUACUGGAUGGUGCAGAAUCAACAAAUUAUAUUGGUCAACUUGCUUCUGAAGAGAAGUGCAUUGAUGUUGUUAUUGAUGAUUGGGUGCCAAAGCGGUUGAUGAAACUGUACAUUGAUUUCUGCGCCAAGUUAUCAGAAGUACCAAACAAGAAGCUAUUGAUAAAAUUAUAUAAUCUCGAAGUUUCUGAAGAUGAAAUCAUUUUGUCUGAUUGUGGACUGCAAGAUCUUUCAAUUACACCUUUUCUUGAUGCCCUUAGAUCCCAUAAGACAAUAGCCAUGUUGGAUCUUUCUCAUAACAUGCUAGGAAACCAAACAAUUGAAAGGCUUCAAGAAAUAUUUGCAUCGUCAAGCCAAACGUACGGUGGCUUGACACUGGAUUUACAUUGCAAUCGAUUCGGUCCAACAGCUUUAUUCCAGAUAUGCGAGUGUGCUGUUAUGAUUAAACGACUGGAAGUACUUAAUCUGGCUGGGAAUCGCCUCACAGAUGGUUGCAGUUCUUAUCUUUUCACAAUCCUACAGAAGUGCAAAGCACUAUAUAGCCUGGAUGUUGAGCAGUGUUCUAUCACAUCAAGAACAGUUCAGAAGAUGGCAGAUGCAAUAGAUGAAGGAUCGGUCCUUUCACAUCUCUCGAUAGGAAAGAACAAUCCGAUUUCUAGCAACACAAUGCUUAACCUUCUCUCCAAGCUGGCUUCUCUGAAAAGGUUUUCACAGCUAAGCUUAACUGGUAUAAAACUGAAUAAGUUAAUGGUUGAUAAGCUGUGUUCUCUUGCGCGAUCCAUGUGUGCAACGGGAUUUCUGCUAGGUGGAACUUCCAUUGGACCGGGAGGAACAAUUAAGCUUACCGAAGCAUUAUCUAGCACAUCUCAAGAAUUGUUGAGGUUGGAUUUAUCUAACUGUGGGCUCACAACUCCUGAACUCUCACAGAUAUGUACAAAUCUUUCUCAAAUCAACAUUCUUGACUUGAACCUAGGAGGGAAUUCCAUUAACUUGGAGGGAUGCGAUACUGUUGGGGUUAUACUUGCAAAUCCCCAAUGCAGUCUCAGAUCUCUCACCCUUGACAGAUGCAAUCUUGGGCUUGCUGGCAUUACUCGUAUUAUUCAGGCACUAGCAGGGAAUGACCAACUGGAGGAGCUGCGCAUGGCUGAGAACACAAACUUGGCACUAGAACGGACAUUGCAUUUCGACGAAGACAUGCAGGAUGUAUCGACAAGUACUGAGCGUAAACGCGGUAACAACGCCGAAACAAGUGAUGACAUAGCUCCAGGAAACGUAGAUCUUGAGAAUAUGGUGGUGGCAGAUAGUGAAGAUGAAGCGGCCAAUGAAGACCGGCGCGCAGCGUCGGGUGCCUCCCGGAGCUGUGCAAGUUCUUGCCAGAGAAACUCUUAUUCAGGCUGUGAGGUCAUCCAAGAACUCGCUGGGGCCCUAGUUUUUGCGAAGCAACUGAAGGUGCUUGACCUCAGCCGGAACGGGUUGUCCGAGGAGGGCAUACAGUCGCUGUAUACUGCUUGGGCUUCUGGCGAGAGAGGCGAUGGAAUAGUUCGGAAACAUGUGAGCAAGGAGGUGGUUCAUUUCUCGGUGGAUGGUAUGAGUUGCUGCGGCCUCAAACCCUGCUGCAGAAGAGACUUGCAAAUGUAGUC